AUCAAUGGCCAUUAAAAUCCCUAAAAUUAAGCAAGAGAGUCCUUUGGAUGAUGUUAGACCUAGCAAUACUUCUCUCAUCUCUAGUGCUACUGUCACUAUGAAGAAUUGCUCUAACAUUAAUCAAAGUGCAAAGCCUAAUGAGGAAUAUCAUCGAGGAGAUGCUCGGAAGAUAAGUUUGAUCGAAACCGUCGGAGAAGAAAAAGGAAAAAUCAUAGAUUUGAAUUCUGAGUUAACUCCGAUAGGUCUACCCCCGAAAGAUCCUUUAUCUACUAACCGAUAUCCGGAGAUCCUAUCGGAAAUGUCACGUAUGCUUCUGAAUCAACAAGACUUUUCUGGUGAAGAAAUUGAGUUCAACUACCCAAUUGCAGAGGGACCGUCACUUGUUGUGAUGGCUUGUACUCGUUGUUUAAUGUAUGUGAUGGCAUGUGAUGUCAACCCUAAGUGUGCCAAUUGCAAGACCUCUGAACAUCUUCUCGAUAUAUUUCGCGACCCCCCUCAGUCCCCCUAAGAAAUCAAAGAAUGUUAAGUUUAUUUUAAUUUUAAUGUUGUUCUCCUAACUAUAUAGGUUAGGUUUUAAGUUUAAGUUUAAUGUUGUUGUCCAAUCUAUAUAUGUAAUGUUUGGUUUCUAAGUUUUAAUUUUAAUAAUAAUGUUGUU